AUGCCUUGUCCUCGGCCGCCCUGGCUCCGCCGCCACCGAGCCUCCCAGGGCUCGAGCCCGGGUUCCCCAGGUACCUUGUCUGCACCCACAUCCCCUAGCAGAGGUGAAGAAGAGGACGCAGAAGAGGAGGGCGAUGGCGCCCCAGCCGACAGCCCCAUCCUGCCCCCCGCAUCUCCCAUGGAGUGCCUUAUCUGUGUGUCACCCUUCGACGGCAUUUUCAAACUGCCAAAACGCCUGGACUGCGGCCACGUCUUCUGUCUUGAGUGCCUGGCACGCCUGUCGCUGGCUACGGCGGGUGGUGGAGAUGCAGUGGCUUGCCCCAUGUGCCGUGCGCCCACACGCUUGGCCCCGCGCCGGGGGCUUCCCGCUCUACCCACGCAGCCAGGUCUGCUGCCUCGCGACGCACGCGCGCAACCACUACGCCAGGGCUCCGUACGCUUCGAUCGCCGCCGUGGGCUCCUGUACCUGCGGCCACCGCCGCCCUCUCCUGGGCCACGCAAGAGCCGCACCGUGCGUGCCCCGCCGCCUCCACCCCCACUGCGCCUUGGCCGCCCGCUGUCUCGUCGCCUAUCCCUGAGCAGCCCAACAUGGGCCUUCAAUGCGGCAGUGGCGCUGGCUGUGCUGGUGGCCGCAGGCCUUGUUGUCUCUGGUGUCUACAUCUUCUUCCUCAUCCCUCAUGUCACCACCUCCGGUCUUGUACGGCCUCAGGUCGUAGCUCUGGGCCCUGAUCCUAGCUUCUGGCAACCACCACGGCCCACGCCAAUAACACCCUGGACCCACAUCUGGAUACCGCGCCCCACAAAGCCUGACCUGGACCCGGAUGAUACCCUGCCAGAGGCUACCAAGGACACGCCAGAGCUUGAGGAAGCUGCCAAGGACCCAGUAGAGUCGCAGGGGGCCCUGGAUACACCUUCUACACCACCUCAGCAAACUCCGAAGACAGAGACUGACCUUGGCUGGAACCUGCAGGCACAGGAUGAUGGGAAAAUGGUGUAA